GAAAAUGCGCUGGCGUUUUACGAUCGCAGUAUGUUGUUAAUGAAAGAGGCGGAGAAAGAAAAAAAUUAUAAGAAAAGCGAAAUGUACACUACAAUGAAGGAAGGUAAAAGACGAGUGGAGCAAAGGAUGAAAGAUCUGAAGAAGCAAAAGAAGGCUGGUAAGUCAGAAGUGAAGAAACAAGAGCAGGACAGUACCACCAGUGAGAUAAAGGAAGAACUAAAAAAACAGAUUGAAGCUGCUGGUACUGUUGAAGCUGAUCUUAUAUAUUAUAUCCCGGAGGGCGUUCAGCUCUUUAUGAUCGAAGUAAGCGAUGUCAUGCUGUUUUCCGAGGAUUUUCAUAAUUUUGACAGUUAUUUAAAAAAUUUAAAUCUAAGUUGA